AUGAUCAUCUGCGCGUUCUUCAUCACCAACUUGUUUAUCGGUGUGCUGUGCGACAGCUUCACGCGGGAAACGUACGGCUCGAUUGUCACGGACGAGCAGAUUCAGUGGAUCAAGCUCCAAAACAAAGUGCUCGCGUUGUCGCCCGUCCGGUUGCAUCCGUGCCCAACCAGCAACCCACGACGGUGGCUCUACAAAGUUGCGACGUGGAUGUACUUCGAGCACUUCAUCACGAUCGUGAUCCUCGUCAACACGGUCGCGAUGGCAUCACAGUACUUUGGUGCGAGUGUUACCACAACGGCUACGCUCAACACCAUGAACCUAGCGUUCUCGGUCAUCUUUACGAUUGAAGCCGCGGUCAAACUCGGCGCGUUCGGAAUCGUGUACUUUGAGGACAGUUGGAACCGCUUUGACUUUGUCAUUGUCGUGUUUACCAUCGUGAGCUUAAUCUUGCAAAGCAUCGACAUCAAAGUCGGGUCCGCCGCGACCGUCAUCCGCGUCUUUCGCGUCGGCCGCGCACUACGUCUGAUCAAGAAGGCCAAGAUCAUGAAGAACCUGUUCGACACGCUCAUCGUGUCGCUGCCGGCCGUGAUCAACGUCACGAUCACGGCGUCCGGGUGGAUGGUGUUGACGCAAACGGUGCGUUGA